GCGACGCCAAAACGGGGAUGCCAUAGUUUCUAGGAAUGUUGUUAUUUAAAAAAAAACUAAAAAAAGUGGAGUUAUCGACGUGUGACUGAUAGAGAGGGGCCAGGCAUUGCUUUGCAGUGCGCAGUUGGUACCGACCACAGACUGCUUUUAAGAGGGUGUCAACAGUUACGGCUAUCUCCAGUAACCACCGUUAGUCAACCCCGAAAUAAAAUUGACUUCCACAACGUCCAGAAGGAAAACACCAAAAAUCAGUUAUCAGUCAUGGCUCCUUCCGCUGAAAAUAAGCUGACCGGCCUGAUUGCAGCCACGUUCACUCCAUUCACCUCACAAGGUGAAGUCAACCUAGAGAAGAUUGGACCUUAUAUUGACUACUUGACAGAGAAGCAAGGUGUUAAUGGCAUAUUUGUGAACGGGACCACGGGGGAGAGCAUGUCUCUCAGUGUUGCCGAGAGGAAGCUCCUGGCUGAGGAGUGGUGCCAAAAAGCCAAGGGCAAAUUAGAUCAGGUGAUUGUUCACGUCGGCUGCCUGAGUCUCAAAGAAGCCAAGGAGCUGGCGGCGCACGCAGCCGAGGUCGGCGCUGACGCCAUCUCGGCCAUGGCCCCGUUCUUCUUCAAGCCCAGAACUGCAGCCGCGCUGAGGUCAUUCCUCCAGGAAGUGGCUUCGGCCGCCCCAGCGCUGCCUUUCUUUUAUUACCACAUUCCAGCCGUCACCGGUGUUAAUGUGUCAGUGAGAGAUGUGUUGGAAGGCAUUGAAGAGCUCAUCCCCUCCUUCAGAGGUGUGAAGUUCAGCGGGCUCGACCUGAUGGACUUGGGCCGGUGCAUCAGCAGCAGUCCGCCUCACUGGUCCUUCCUGUACGGCGUGGACGAGCAACUGCUUGCAGGUCUCGUCGUGGGGGCCGACGGAGCAGUCGGGAGCACUUACAACUAUGCGGGUUGUCAUGUCAACGCGCUCAUGUCAGCGUUCAAGGAAGGCCACGUUGACGGAGCCAGGGAGAUACAGUUCAAGAUGCAAGAGCUCCUCAGCUAUGCCAUGAAACUCGGCUUCGAUGUGGGAGUGAACAAGCAGCUGAUGAAUGAGCUGUCGGGCUUGAGCCUCGGGCCCCCCCGACUCCCUGUGACGGCGUGUCCUUCAGCUGACGCUCAGCUCAUCGCGAAGAAAUACUGCCAGAUUUUUAACGACUGUUGAUGUGACUGGAUUGUUAAAAUCCCAGAAUAACUCGACACGGCACGUUUUACACCUUCAAUCCAACCCUGUUGUGUAAUGAGAUGUGUGUGUCUCACCCUUGAUGGGAUGGGGGGGAAAAAUAUGAGAUUUUUGACAAAUAAUGUCAGGAAUUUUAUCCAAAUCUAUAAUAUCAAGAUUUUCUUAAUGUAAAAAUAACUAACCCAGUGAAAUGUUUCUUCGUCGUUUUGGUGUUUCAGGUCAGUAGAACGUUUCCCUGCAGUGAAAUGAAAUUAUUUUUCUACUUUUCUACUAAAAAGCACAGUUAUGAAAAAAAAACUGCUGUUUGAAUCAUACGGGAAGUUGAAAUGAACGUUGUUUACAAAAGAAAAAAAACACUCCGCGAAAGGGAAUACAACAUUGUGGUUAUUCGAAGGGAGCAUUAAACACAGUUUUGAAUUCAUAUUAUUUGUCAGUAAAUGGAUACUCUUUAAAAAGGGAGACUUUCUGUAUAAUUAAUUACUUCUGUGUGGUAUUGUCACUCAUUUCUUACAAAUUAUUGUGUUGAUCUAUGUGUUGUUUCUCCUGUUUAUUGUUUACAUCUUAUUAAAUGUUUAAUCUGU